CUUCAGUCGUCUUAAUACAUAAAAAUUUACAACGAACCCCUUAAAUGUAACCUUACUUAACCUGCUAAAAUUUGAUUUUGCGGAAGUCAUGUGGAUUGCUUCGAAGUAUGGAAAAUUUCCUUUGUGUUCUUAAUCUUAUGGAUUUGGCUGAUUUCGAAACUAAAACUGACUACUUUUUACAAAUAUCCUUUAAAGACAUACAUACAAUGUUCACCUGUCUCAUAUUCGUUAUCAUUUUGGGGAGUCUAAAUGUUGUAUGUGAAGAUCCUAAAACAAUGAAGGAGUAUAAAAUCUUGAAAGGGAAUGGUGCAGUUUUGUUGUUAUGUGCUCUUAUAGUCACAGAGGAUUGCAAACGUUCGACAAAAUUCCGUCAUAGGGGUAUACUCAAAUAUCCUCAGGCCAUUAGUAUUUUUUCUGUGCUGAGACCAUAGCCAUUAGUAAAGUGAAACUCUAAAAAUGUGUGAAAAAAAUUUAUUUUUAGAAUUAACCAGAUUCGGUAUCUUCUAUCUGAUUGUAUUACUAAGAGAAUUAUCCCCCUUACUAUAAAAUACUACAUUAUUUAAACUGACUUUCCAUUUCUUCAUUUUCAUACGAUUUAACUUGCACAUAGAAGCCUGAUCGGAUACUUCAGAAAGUAUUGAAAAACACACUAAUUUUUUCAGAUAAACUUGUUCACGUAACGCUGUCUGAACAUCUGUUUAGCGGAUACCGUGAGUCAAAUCC